ACUGAACUAAUAUCAUUUCAAUUGGUUGUAUCUUCAGUAUUAUUUGACUAUAAGAGAAAUAAAACAUUUAUGGUACGUUUUAUUUCCUUCUGAAUUCUGAGAGAACUGUGUAAAACACUUAAUAACAAAUUACAGUAUCGCUGACCGUCUACUUACUAAAAAUAUUCAAAUUUGCUUCAGUUUAAAAAAAUAGAAUUUUGCGCUCUUUCACACUGCUGCCCUCUGUAUCGAAAAUAUUCAACUAAAUUCAAUGUCACACGCAGCGCUGCCAUCAGAAGCGCAGGUCCACGCUAAACAGUUGGCAACACAGAUCACACGUGCGCUUUCAUCUGACAGUUCGACAUAACCAAACUUUUUAAGUGCUACAGAAAAAUAUGUAAACAUGUCUCGUUUAAUAAUUAAAAACUUACCAAAAUCCAUAUCUGAAGAUAAGAUUCGAGAAUUGUUUACAGAAUAUGGAACAAUCACAGAUAUUCAACUCAAAUACACCCCGGAAGGUAAAUUUCGAAAAUUCGCAUUUAUUGGGUUUCAAAAUGAGAAUCAAGCUGCAGAGGCCAUUGAACAUCUUCAUCAUACUUUUAUAGCAACUAGUAAAAUAUCUGUUGAGCAAUGUGCUUUAUUAGGAGAUUCGAAUAAACCUAAAGCUUGGAGCAAAUAUGCCCCAGAUAGUACAGCAUACAAGAAGACUCAUAAAGCAGAAAUCAAAGAUGAAGAGGUUAAAGAAAAAACAGUUAAGCCAAAAAAGGAUAUUGAAGCUGAGCUUUUAGAAAAAUAUAAAGAUGAUCCUAUGUUUGAAGAGUUUUUACAAAUUCAUGGUGACCAGGACAAGUUGACUAAGCUAAAACAAAAACCAUUAAAAGUGGACAGUGAUGAUUCAGGAGCACAUUCAGAUGUUGAUCAAUCUGAUGAAAAUGACAGAGGUUCAGAUUUGGAAGAAGCGCCUAAAGAAAAAUUAGCCGAAAAACCAAUUUCUGAUAUGGAAUACAUGAAAUCUUUAAUGAAGGGUUCAAAGGUUGAAGAUAGUUCAGACGAAACUGUGGAAAAGAAACCCAGGCAAAAAAUGGAGAAAAAGAUCAAGGAAAAAGUUACAUUAUUUACAUUAAAGUUGAAAGAUCUACCCUACAAAAUUAAGAAGAAAGAUAUCAGAGAAUUUUUUAGACCAAAUGUCCCGUUUAGUAUAAGAAUCCCUAGACAAAUACACGGUAUAGCGUUUGUAGGUUUCAAAACAGAGAAAGCAUUUAAAAAGGCUUUAUUAAAGGAUAAAAGUUUUAUCAAAGGUAAGCAAAUACUAGUUACAAAGUAUGAAGUUAAAAAUUCAAAUGAUUUGAACAUGGAUCCUAAAAAGAGUAAAUGGAAAAAUCAAGAGGAGGCUUUGAAAAAUGAGGAAGAUAUUGCUGAGUCUGGAAAGAUUUUUAUACGAAAUUUGGCAUAUACAACAACUGAAAAGGAGAUUGAAGAUCUAUUUUCUAAAUACGGCCCACUCACAGAAAUUAAUCUACCAGUUGACAAUACAACAAGAAAAAUGAAAGGUUUUGGAGUGGUAACUUUUAUGAUGCCUGAACAUGCAGUAAAGGCAUAUUCAGAAUUGGAUGGUUCAAUAUUGCAAGGUAGAAUGGUGCAUUUACUUCCAGGCAAAGCUAAAGACAAAACCGAUGAUAAUUUGGAUGAUGCAUCGAAUUUUAAAAAGAAAAAACAAGCCAAGCAGAAAUCUCAAGCUGGCUCAUCACAUAAUUGGAAUUCAUUGUUUUUGGGCCAGGAUGCUGUUGCAGAGGUGAUAGCUGAUACUUACGGCACUUCAAAAGAAGCCAUUGUAGGGCCUGAUAGUAAAGGAAGUGCUGCAGUUAGAUUAGCUCUUGGAGAAACACAGAUCGUGGCACAAACCAGAAAGUAUCUUGAACAGCAAGGAGUAUUACUAGAUGUGUUUAAUUCAGAACCCAAAUCUAGAUCAAAGACUUUAAUUUUAGUAAAAAAUUUACCGUCAAAAACUGAAGCAAGAGAAAUAAGAGACAUAUUUCAGAAACAUGGGGAAAUUGAUAGGGUCAUUUUACCACCAAGUGGAAUCACAGCAAUAGUUGAAUUUCUGGAACCGUCAGAGGCUAGAAAAGCUUACACAAGGUUGGCUUAUUCUAAAUUUAAAAACGUUCCAUUAUAUUUAGAAUGGGCACCUGAAAAUACACUUUCAGCAAAUAAAUCUGGUACUGUUGAAAAUGAUGUACGUGCUACAAAGGAUCAUGAAGUAACAGAGUUAAAAGAAAAUGAAGCAGUAAUGGAAGAAACAGAAGAAGUUGAUGAAGAGCCAGAGCCGGAAGCAACAAUUUUUGUAAAGAAUUUAAAUUUUAAAACUACAGAUGAGAAUCUUAAAAAACAUUUUGAUGGUUGUGGUAAAAUUAAAUAUGCCACGGUGGCGACAAAGAAAGAUAAAAAUAAUCCUGGAUCAUUACUGUCAAUGGGAUAUGGAUUUGUACAAUUCUACCUAAAGAAAAGUGCAGAUAAAGCUUUAAAAACAUUACAACAGAGUGUUUUAGAUGGCAAAUCAUUAGAACUAAAAAGAUCAGAAAGAACUUUACAAAACGAAGUGACAACAACAAAGAAGGUGUCGAAAAAGUCUACUAAACAAACAGGUUCGAAAAUUCUAGUUAAAAAUGUACCUUUCCAAGCAAACCGCAAAGAAAUCUGGGAACUGUUUAGUACUUUUGGUGAGAUAAAAGACUUGAGAUUGCCAAAGAAAAUGUCUGCUGGGGCCGAUUCUCAUAGAGGAUUUGCUUUUGUCGAUUAUGUAAUACCUACAAAUGCAAAGGAAGCUUUUGAAGCGCUCAGUCAAAGUACUCAUUUGUAUGGGAGAAGAUUAGUUCUAGAAUGGGCUAAAUCGGAGGAAGGUGUUGAAGAACUUAGGAAAAGGACCGCAGAUCAUUUCGGUUCAAAUGAAGUUGUUAAGUCUAAAAAAAGUGUUUUUAAUAUUGAUUAGUUUAUUGAAGUUGUACAUAAAUGUGUUUUUAUUAUACUACCUUUAGUUUUUAAUUAUUAAUCAUUAUUUAGAUAAACUGGCAAUUCUUUAUAUCAGUUAAGCAGCAUUGAAAGGUAAAAAAUCGA